AUCGGAGUUAACAGCUGUCCCAGAUGCACCCAGUGUCGAGAUGACACGUACAACCGAUCCAACUGAUCCUGAGCCUUCCUCUGUCUCGGGUCCAUCCAGUCUCCAGCUGACACCUGACAGCGAUCCAACCAGUCCUGACCCUGACCCUGACCCUGAGGCAAUGGAUCCCCGGCCAGGUGCAUCCAAUCAUGAGCUGCCACCUCACACCGAUCUGGUUGAUUCUCAGCCGGUGAAUGUGUCACGUCAGUCCAGUCUUAAACUGACACCUGAUCUCAAGCAAGAACCUGUCCCAGGUCCGUCUGGCCUUCAUUCAGAGUUAACAUCCCUUCUGGGUCCAGCUGUCGGAUCAUUUUUUUCCCUUUAUGAUGUGGGAGUGUCACUGGGAUCAGGAAAUUUUGGCACUGUUUAUGAGGGGACUCGUAGAUCUGAUGGUCAGAAGGUUGCCAUCAAAUUUUUAACCAAGUCGGUGCAGGACUGCUUUACUUAUAUUGUAAGUUAUUAAAUGUAAAUGUAUAAGUUAUAUAUACAGGUGAGUCCAA